AUGGAGAGUAGAUUGAAAUGGUUAAUAGGUUUAUUGCUUAUCAGUGGUUUUAGUACUUACUCUUAUGCGUCCAAAAGCACGAGAAUGCGGCUGUCUACUGAGCAAAAAAUGGAGGAUUUGCUCGCCAGACGCAAUCUUCUUGCAAAUGGACUUGGCUCCACUCCUCCCAUGGGGUGGAAUAGUUGGAAUCAUUUCGCUUGCAAUAUUGAUGAAAAAACCAUCAAAGAAACUGCUGAUUCUCUGGUUUCAACUGGUCUUUCUAAGCUUGGAUACAUAUAUGUCAACAUUGAUGAUUGCUGGGGUGAAAGUUCUCGUGACGACAAGGGCAAUCUAGUGCCUAAGAAAUCCACAUUCCCAUCUGGCAUUAAAGCUCUCGCUGACUAUGUCCACAGCAAGGGUCUUAAGCUAGGAAUUUACUCAGAUGCAGGAUAUUACACUUGUAGCAAAAAACAGCCUGGUUCACUUGGUCAUGAGCAACAAGAUGCCAAAACCUUUGCGUCAUGGGGCAUAGAUUACUUGAAGUACGACAAUUGUAACAAUGAUUUCUCAAAGCCAACUAAACGGUACCCUGUGAUGACCCAAGCAUUAAUGAAUGCAGGCCGUCCUAUCUUCUUCUCUCUCUGCGAAUGGGGAGAUCUGCACCCAGCUUUGUGGGGUUAUAAUGUAGGAAACAGCUGGAGAACUACUAAUGAUAUCUCAGAUAAUUGGGAUAGUAUGGUCUCAAGAGCAGACCAGAAUGAAGUUUACGCGGAUCUUGCAAGGCCAGGUGGCUGGAAUGAUCCCGACAUGCUUGAAGUCGGAAAUGGGGGGAUGACAAAAGAUGAAUACAUUGUUCACUUUAGCAUAUGGGCAAUUUCUAAGGCCCCCCUUCUCAUUGGUUGUGAUGUGAGAAAUACAACGAAAGAAGUUAUGGAAAUCAUUGCAAAUAAGGAAGUGAUUGCUGUGAAUCAAGACAAGCUAGGUGUUCAGGCUAAAAAGGUUAGGAUGGAAGGUGAUCUCGAGGUGUGGGCUGGUCCGCUUUCAAACUACAGAGUGGCCAUAGUUCUGCUGAACCGUGGUGCUUUGCGAACUUCCAUGAUUGCUCACUGGGAUGAUAUUGGGCUCCCUCAAAACACUGCAGUUACUGCAAGAGACCUUUGGGAGCACAAGACUCUGAAGACAAAAUUUGUAGGAAAUUUGACAGCAACAGUGGAUUCUCAUGCGUGCAAAAUUAUGGUCACUAGAGCAGAUGAGAAUGAACUUUACGCAGAUCUUGCAAGGCCCGAUGGCUGGAAUGAUCCUGACAUGCUUGAAGUGGGAAAUGGCAGAAUGACAAAAGAUAAUUACAUUGUUCACUUUAGCAUACAGGCAAUUUCCAAGGUACUCCUAUAUCGCACUUAUGCUUGUUUGAUAAGGGCCCCCUUCUCAUCGAUUGUGAUGUAG